AUGAGGAGGCGCUCCAAACCCAGUCCAGGGUGCUCUGAAGAAGAAAGAGCCACUCUGAGCCAGGAAGGUGGGCAGAGCUUCAGCCAGAGUUCAGAGCUGGUGUUCCAUGAGCAGCUUCAUGAUAGGGAGAAGCCCCACAGGUGCUUGCAGUGUGGGAAGAGCUUUAGGCAGAGACAGCAGCUGAUCAGCCACCAACACAUGCACACAGGGGAAUGGCCCUAUGAGUGUGGGGAGUGUGGGAAGGGCUUCAGCUACAGAUCUGCCCUUUUGACCCACCAAUGCAUCCACACUGGAGAGGAGCCCUACGAGUGUCCCCAGUGUGGGAUGAGGCUUCAGACCAGCUCCAAUCUCCUCCGCCACCAGCGGAUUCACAGCGAGGAGAGGCCCUUCCUCUGCCCUGAGUGCGGGAAGGGCUUCAAGCGCAACUCCACCCUCAUCAAGCAUCGGCGCAUCCACACUGGGAAGAGGCCCUACCAGUGCGCCACAUGUGGGAAGAGGUUUCAGACGAGUUCCCAUCUCCUCCUGCAUGAGCAAGUUCACACGGAUGAGAGGCCCUUCCUCUGCCCUGAGUGUGGGAAGGGCUUCAAGCACAACUCCACCCUCAUCAUCCACCGGCGCAUCCACACUGGGGAGAGGCCCUAUGAGUGUCCCCAGUGUGGGAAAAGCUUCACCAGCAGCUCUCACUUGACCAGACACCAACGGAGCCACCAGUAA